GUUGCUUUCAACAUUAGCACGUAAACGCAACAUCUAUUUUACCCUUAAAGGUUAACUUCCGGGUAAAAGUAUCGGAAACAUUUCUGUGUGGCAGAAAGGCGGAUCCCUGUCUGGGAAGAAGAACUUACCGUUUUACCUGUUCCCUAUUCGGAGGGUCAGCAAAUUUGAAACGAAAAUUUUUAUCUCGAGCAUUUAAAGGGGGAUUCUAUUCAAACGGAAUCUGCUAGCGCGCUAACCGCGACGUUAGGAAGAGUUUUGUGGCUGGAGCUAGCUUACUUUGAAAGCACUAGCAUUCAACUUGGCGUAACAAGAGCAGCCACAGGAAGAUGGAAGAUAACGAAGACAAAAACCUGAUUUGGGCACUGAAGACCGGAGACCUGGACGAGGUCAAAGCCAAACUGGCAACGACUGAAGAUGUAAACCGGACCUUGUGCGGUGGGAGGAGACCUAUUCAUUACGCUUCAGACUUCGGCCACAUAGAUGUGAUGCAGUUCCUCCUUUCCUUGGGAGCGGAAAUCAAUUCUCCAGACAAACACGGGUUCGCUCCGCUGAUGAUAGCCACUUUGGAGGGUCACAUCAACUGUGUCAAGUUCCUGGUGGAAAAGGGAGCUGACAAAUCCCAGAAAGGACCAGACGGCCUUACUCCCCACGACGCUGCCGAGUCCGACGCCAUAAAGGCUCUGUUAAAGUGAGACCACGGUGUGGGAGGUGGCUGGACAGGUGGGUGAACGGGCUCACAGAUGGAUGCAGUGGUCCCCUGUCAGUAGAUGGACUCGUCCCCCGCCCCCCCCCCACUCCCUCCCCCUUUCACCCGAUCCGUCUCCACACUGCAUUUGUCUGUUUGUUGGAGGUUCAUUUCGCCUCUCUGGUGAUUUUUCCUCACCCUGUUUUCUUUCUUCUCCUCCCCCCCACUCCCCCCCAAGAUUUUUUUGGGGAUAGGGUUUUGUUUUUCUUUUUGGUCUGUUUGUAGCCAUUUAACAGAACGACUCGUCAGUUGUGUCUCCCUUAGGGACCAAACCACCAGGGGGAGUGCUCUUUAACUCGGAUCCUAAAACACUGCUCAGAUUAGAAAUCAGACUCUAUAAUGGAAACGCAAAGCUUCGCACUUAAACACACCCUCCUCCUACUCACAGUCGUCUCUUAAAACAAUAAAGAAAUCAAGUGGUAAUAGAUUAAUAGUGUGUUAAUAUUUUUACAACUUCAUUCUAAGUAUUGUACGACCAGGGCUUAAUCUCUCAAACAGUAAUUCCACUGUACUAUAUUAGAUGGACUGAAAAGAAAGGUUGUAAAAUUUCAUUCGAUUAACCUUUCGCUUCGUGCGGCCUCUUCCUCAACCUUUGGUUACUUUUUUUUUUUCCAUUUUCUUUUUUUUUUUUCUAAAGUUGACCAAACUGUUCCUCAAAUCCAAUCUUGAAACUUUGGAAAUGUUUUGGUGGGAGAGGUCCGAAAGUGACGACUUUCCUUUUUUCUACUCAGCCCUGUGUCACUUGCAUAUCAAAUAGUGUUUUUUGACAAAUUUUGGCAUCAUUAAUGCAUAUAUGGUAUUCUGUAUUCUCACCAAUCACCAUGCUGGCUAACUAGAAGACUUGAAUGUUGCAAUUUUAAAACAAACAAAGAAACAAACAAAAAAAACACUCUGUUACUGAAUCCCUUUUGAAGCAAUGUAAAAGGCGCAUAAUAGAAUUAGGAGUUUCAGAAAUUCGUUGCCACAGGAGUGAGACCUCAUGUGGGGAAUUAUUUUUGCUUUGCGGCUUCUCUGUGUAUUUUGUAACUGAUGGGCUGCGAAUGAUGGUUAAACUAGGAGGGUACAGUCGGAACUUGAUGGUGGGGGCGCUUAGUAUUCCCCUUGCCUUGGAAGUGGUUAGAAGCCCUGCCUGUUUUGCUGCAUGUUUAAACUGCCUCUGCUUUUAUGCUAUCAAAUGAUCACUGUCCUCUCUGGGUUGCUUUCAGAUGAAUUACUACAAUGUAAUGGACAAAAAAGACGCUCUUGCUGACUUUGUUGUGACAAAAGUCUGUAAAAACAUAAAUAAAAAAAAUCUAAAAAUGA